GCUCCACCAUCGCUGCAACGGCUGGAGUCGGGACGCUGGAAAGCGACUUAGAGGAGAGUGUACUCGCCGACGGCGGCCGCCGCCACAGUGAAUCGCGGGGAGUAGCAACCGAAGACGGCGGCCGCCUCACCGGCCAUCGCGUGUGGAGGAUAAACGGCCGGCACGGCCAUCGCGGCGACCAAUCCAGGGAAAGAGUUAGCGAAGGCCAGAGCUUUAGUCGUAGCGAAGACAGGGAAGGAAUCCGUGAAGGCAGCGACCACCGCUGCAGGGUACCGACGGGAAGAGCAAGUGAAGACGUCCGCUUCUCCCGCAAUGACUCAAGAAGGGUCAGUGAAGACCUGGGCCCCUGUCGCAGUGUCUCUCAGGAGAGGGUCAGGGGAGACCGUGGCCACCGUCCCAGCAACUCUUGGGAGAGAGUAAGGGGAGACCGCAGCAGCGACGUGAGUUUAAGUGAAGUCGGAAGCCACCCCACUAGUGACUCCGGGGGAACGGUCAGAGAAGACCGCGGCCUCCAUCUCAGUGGGACUUGGGAGGGAGUCAGGGAGCUCCGGGGUCCCCGAAACAGCGACUCCGGGGAGAGAGGCAGUGACGACCACAGCCGCCGCCUCAGUGGCUCUUGGGAGGGCGGAAGUGUGGAUGGCGGCCGCAGCCUCAGCAGUUCCUGGGAGGAGGGGGUGAGUGAAGACCGCGGCUACGUGGCCAGCGACUCCUCCGUCGUGAGCGUCAGCGAAGACGCCAGCCGCCGCCGCUUCUGGGAGAGAGAAAGCGAAGACGAAGGUUCCCGCUGCCGGGGCUCCUGGGAGAGAACGACGGAGGACGGCGUCCCCGGGCCUAGCGACGACGAGGAAGACAGCCGCUGCUGCACUGGCUCGUGGGUGACAGCGACCGAAGACCGCCGCAGCAGCAGGGCCCUGGACUCGACUGCUCCCCGGAGUCCGAGGGGUCGCACCAUGCCCGGGGUGUCCGGUUCAGGCCCCUCCACCUUCUGCACGGAGACUGCGACCCCGUUAGGUGCCAGGAAGAAAGUGCAUUUUGGUAGCAUACAUGAUGCAGUACGCGCUGGAGAUGUAAAACAGCUUUCAAAAAUAGUAGAACGUGGUGCCAGCAUUAAUGAAGUUGACGUUCUCCAUAAAUUUACCCCUUUACACUGGGCAGCACAUUCUGGCAGUUUGGAGUGUCUUCAUUGGCUCCUCUGGCGUGGAGCUGAUCUCUCACAAGCAACCAUGAGAGGUUGGACAGCAGCUCACAUAGCUGCCAUCAGGGGACAGGAUGCUUGCAUGCAGACUCUUAUAAUUAAUGGAGCCAAUCUGGCAGCUCAAGAUGAUCGUGGAUGCACUCCUUUACACCUUGCGACAACACACGGACAUUCUUUCACUUUACAAAUAAUGCUCCGAAGUGGAGUGGAUCCCAGCGUGACUGAUAAGAGAGAGUGGAAACCUGUGCAUUAUGCAGCUUUUCAUGGGCGGCUUGGCUGUCUGCAACUUCUCAUUAAAUGGGGAUGUAGCAUAGAAGAUGUGGACUACAAUGGAAACCUUCCAGUUCACUUAGCAGCCAUGGAAGGCCACCUUCACUGUUUUAAAUUCCUACUCAGUAGAAUGAGCAGUGCCUCCCAAGCUUUGAAAGCCUUCAACGAUAAUGGAGAAAAUGUAUUGGACCUAGCCCAGAGGUUCUUUAAGCAGAACAUUUUACAGUUUAUCCAGGGGGCUGAGUAUGAAGGAAAUGAUCCAAAAGAUCAAGAAACUUUAGCAUUUCCAGGUCAUGUGGCUGCCUUUAAGGGUGAUUUGGAAAUGCUUAAGAAAUUAAUAGAAGAUGGAGUAAUCAAUAUUAAUGAACGUGAUAAUAAUGGAUCAACUCUUAUGCAUAAAGCUGCUGGGCAAGGCCACAUAGAGUGUUUGCAGUGGCUAAUUAAAAUGGGAGCAGACAGUAAUAUUACCAACAAAGCAAGAGAGAAACCCAGUGAUGUGGCUAAGAGGUUUGCCCAUUUAGCAGCAGUAAAGCUAUUGGAAGGACUACAGAAAUAUGAUACAGAUGAUGAGAGUGAAGUUGAUGAAAAUGAUAUUAAGUUUUUCAUAAGACAUGGUGUUGAGGGAAGCACUGAUGCCAAGGAUGAUAUAGGUCUCAGUGAGUCGGAUAAAACAGAUGCCAGAGUGAGAGCUUAUAAGAAAAUUGUAGAAUUGAGACACCUCCUGGAAAUUGCAGAGAGCAACUAUAAACACUUGGGAGGCAUAACAGAAGAAGAUCUAAAGCAGAAGAAAGAACAGCUUGAGUCUGAAAAGACUAUCAAAGAGCUGCAGGGCCACCUAGAGUAUGAACGACUACGCAGAGAAAAAUUAGAAUGUCAGCUGGAUGAGUAUCGAGCAGAGGUGGAUCAACUCAGGGAGAUGCUGGAAAAAACUCAGGUUCCCAACUUUGCGGCUGUGGAAGAUGACCCUCCUUGUGAGUCAAGCAAAGAGAAGAGGCGAGUGAAGAAAAAGGUGUCUUCUGGGGGAGUUUUUGUGAAAAGUAUUUGCUUUAUUGCUGUUGUGGAAGUGGACCUGCAAUACCUCUGAGGUAUGCCUGUAUUUGAGACCUAAAUAUAUGAGGAUAAACUAAGAAGCAAAAAUGUUAGUCACAGAACUAUCACCUUAUUUGUAUAAAGUCCUUAGGAUAUCAUAGUUAAAACUUUAAAUAUAUUUUGCAAAAGGAAAAACCAACUGGGUUUAUAAUAUGAACUGGCACCAAUAUUAAAGGAGAUGGCAGAAAUGCUUGUUGGGUAACACUGAAUGCUAUAUGCAUAGGGACUAAGGGGUAGAAAGAGAAAUAAGAUGAUAUUUAUAGCUCAGAAAUUAGCUAGGAGAGAAUUUGUUGAUUUCCUUGUUUAUCUCCUUUAUCUGGCCAAGAAGUUAGAGAAUAUAGGCUGCUUAGAACAGCAAAUGGGACCUUCGCGUCUACUGAAUUAUAAUCAAGAGUGAUGUCUCUUAUGUUAGACUGUAGACCGAGUGACUUCUUAACCUUUAAGAAAAGGACUAGGCUGAGUCAGAAAGCUAGGUUUUACUCAGCCACAGAGAUUAAUUAAUGAUCACAAUUUAGGAUUACUGAGAGGUAAACAGUAGUUAUGAGUAUGGAAUUUAGAAUCCAGGUUGACAUCUGGCUCUACCACUUUUUAGUUGUGUGACCUUAACUUCCUUCUGCCUCACUUUCCAAAUUGGUAGAAUGGGAAUAGAGUGCCUACCUCACACAGAGGCUGAUAUGAGGAUUAAAUAAAUUAACAGACAAAAAAGGCAAAUAAAACAGUAUCUAACAUAAAAAUUUUUUAUUUGACUGAACCUAGGCAUUCAUUAAAUACUAAUUGUGAAUCCUUGUCUUCUUAAAAAAAUAGUUCUCUUCCAUAUAAAAAUAAUUUAGUUAAAAAAAAGUAUGCUACCUGGAAAGCUUGAUUCUGACUCAGAAGUCACAGCUCAGGUACUCCCCUCCACCUGGUAGCAGCUUCCCCCAAAGUACUGGUUAACUAUAACAGCUAUGAGGAAAUCAUGGAAUCUAUAGGGCUAGCUUGUUGAAGUCCAAACUUAUAAAAUGAUACAUAUAAAGGCAGUUACAUAAGCCAUGAGAGCUAUACAGAAGAGAAACUUUUACAUAGCAGCUUACAUUUUUGGUAAAUUCUGUGGUUGCCUCCAUAAGUUUCUUUUCUUGAUCUGUAAACUAAACGAUAUGGUUUAUCAAGAGGUUAAAAAAAAGACUAAAAGGAAUUAAAAAGGAGUAAGUGCAAAAAAGUACAUUUAAAAGCAUAUUACCAUAUCUGUUACUCUGCUCCUUUCUAGGUUGAUAUCCAGUUUAUUAUCUGCUCUGAUUCGACUGGUUUCAUUCUUUAAAGAAAAAAAAAAAUUAAGAAAGUGAUCUUGUAAUGAAUAUUUGUUCUGAAAUUAAUGAACUAUUCUGAAGUGGGGAAAAAAGUUUCACUUACUAUCAGUUGUUGCUUAACUUGUUCUAAUUCAAUUUUCAUUUUCUAGGUAUAAAGAAAGAUCACACACAAUUGGUGUUAAAUCAAAGUCCAUAUUAUGAUUUAUUAAAAAAAAUCUGAAACCUUGCAUAAGCAAAAAUUGGACAUUCUGUGGAUUUCUAAUACAUUAUCUGAUAAAGAAUAAAGACAAAAAAAGAACUAAUAGUUCAUCGUAUUCAGAAAAUAAUUACGAACAUAACAUUAGACAAUGUAUUUAUGUUUCAAUACAGUAGUCCCCCCUGAUCCACUGGGGAUAUGUUCCAAGACCCCAAGUGGAUGAAACCUCGAAUAGUACUGAACCCUAUAUGUACUAUGUUUUUUCUUAUACUAAUGGGUAGGUAGCAUAUACAGUGUGGAUACACUGGACAAAGAGAUGAUUCAUGUCCUGGGGGGAAUGGAGUGGGACGGUGAAAGAUUUCAUCAUGCUACUCAGAUCAGUGUGACAUAAACAUAUGAAUUGUUUAUUUCUGGAAUUUUCCACUUAAUAUUUUCAGACUGCAGUUGACCACAAGUAACUAAAACUGUGGAAAGCGAAAAUGCAGAUAAAGGGGGACCUACUGUAUUCUACUUAAAAAUAAAAAAAGAUUGAUAUUCUAAAUUUUAAAAUAUUUUAAGCUAGUGGGUAACAACAAAGUUCUGACUGAAUUACAGAAACAUUUUUCUCUUAAGUGACAAAAUAAUUAUUACAGAACCAAAAAAAUGGAAAAUGCUACAUUACUGUCAGUUCUGAGAACAUUAUUCUGAACUACACUAGAAAUUUAAUAAAAUAUAUGUAGAUCAAAGAUUUCCUUUUAUGUGACCUGUUUAAGAUACAACUGUCAUUCUUUAGUAUGCAAGAAACUAUGAUGUAUACAUAGAUUAGGUAUGGUUAAACAUGUAUAGUUUUAUCUAAAAACUUGCUAAUAAUUAUUUAAUAACCACAUGAAAUUGUUUUGGGGUCCUAUUCUUCACCAAGUAGAAUACUUAUGAAAUCAGUUAUUUUAUUAGUAAUAAAUUGAGACUUGCAUCACCUGGUUCUCUGCUCGCAGAUUUGCAAAUUCACUUUUCUCUAGGAUGACCAUGUCUUUCCUGAUGGAGUCCAAAUGAGCCAUUAACUGUUGUACUGUUAUUUCCUAAAAUGAAAAAUUAAAAUAACUGAGUGAUGCCAUCCCAUUGCAUGGAAUUGUUCAUGAAAAUUUUAAAAAAUUAUUGUCUUGCUACAAGGUAUAAUGUUGCUUGGCUAAGUAAAAAACAAAACAAAUGAAACCUAUAUAUCUGAAAUAUCAAAAUUAAAAGAAGUAGGAGAUUCAAGGAAGAAAAAGUAUUUCCCAGUGAAGAGAAACACAUGUCUAGGUCUUUUCAAUGAAAGAAUCCCAAUUAAAUUCUUACUUAACCUCCAAGAGCUCCUCAGCAAAUACUCUUUUUUUUUUGUUUAUUUAUUUUAAAAAUAUCUACGUGGGAAAGUUUUUAUCUUU